CCCCCACCAGCUUCUUGUUACCAAAGCCGGCGUCGGGCUUAGUGGGGCACCGUUUAUUUAUACCGUCGACUUGUACGCAUUUGUUUACAAAACAACGCGGAGAGGGACGACAUUUUUGCAACUAUUUGUCCUCAUCUUGGAUAAAAGCGGGUUUUUUUCCACUCUAUCCGGAUGAAAGGAUCUCUACGGCAUUUUGUUUCCUGCGACGUGGAUACGACACAUAGGAGAACCGCACCAACUGGAUUAUAACUAAAAUCCAAAAUAUAUACGUUUUUUUAAAAUUUAUAAAUUAAAGGAAUGCUGCUUUCCAAGCUUAACUCCCUGGCUCACAUCUCCACCGACAUGCCGGCGAAGCUCCAAGUUCAUGCAGCGAAGGAGCCCUUCGAGAAGCUCUACCAGGUUGGGGCGGUGCUGGGCAGCGGUGGCUUUGGCACCGUCUACUCCGGUACGAGGACGUCCGACGGAGCUCCGGUGGCAGUCAAACAUGUCGCCAAGGACAGGAUCUCCGAGUGGGGAGAGCUGCCUAAUGGCUCCAAGGUCCCGAUGGAGAUAGUGCUGUUAAAGAAGGUCGCUACAGGCUUCCGCGGCGUCAUCAAGAUUCUGGACUGGUUCGAGCGAGCCGAAAGCUUCAUCAUAGUCAUGGAGAGGCCGGAGAACGUCAAGGACUUGUUCGAUUUCAUCACGGAGAAGGGGGCUCUACCGGAGGAGCUUGCCCGCAGCUUCUUCCGCCAGGUGCUGGAGGCGGUGCGUCACUGCCACAACUGCGGCGUGGUGCACCGCGACAUCAAGGACGAAAAUAUCCUCAUCGACCUCCGGACCGGGGAAAUUAAGCUCAUCGACUUCGGCUCCGGAGCCCCGCUGAAAGACACCAUAUACACCGACUUUGAUGGCACAAGAGUCUACUGCCCACCUGAGUGGAUUAAAUACCACCGCUAUCACGGGCGCUCUGCCACAGUGUGGUCGCUGGGUGUGUUGCUGUACGACAUGGUGUGUGGCGACAUUCCGUUCGAGCACGACGAGGAAAUCGUCAGAGGGCAGGUCCUCUUCAGGAGGCGAAUCUCUGCUGAGUGCCAGCAGCUGAUCAAGUGGUGUCUGUCUCUCCGCCCGGCCGACCGGCCAUCCUUUGAGGAUAUCGUCAACCACCCGUGGAUGCAGAACACAUCCACCUCCACGCUGCUGCCACAGGCGCCACAGACAGACAAGUCUAGCACAGAGAUCAAGCUGCACAGCAUCAGCCACGAGACCUCGGCCUUCACGCCCACUGCUGUGGCCGUGGCGCGGUGAUGGUUAAUAGAUAAGCUUGGACUUGAAAAGACUACACAUAAAGGGCAGGAGAAAAGCACCAUUCUCAAGUAAAAACACACAUUCUCGUGCCUCGUUUUGAUUUCACAUCAUCGUCAGACCACCACUGGACUCUUAAUGUGGGGGGUGAUUGUCAGCCUCUGCUAAAGACAACAGCAGAACACGUGCACGGACAACACCGAGUUACGUAACCCGUUUGGGCUGCAGAUUUGUUGCUCAAAAGUGCCUUCUGUGAGAUUGUUGGUUGGGGGAGGGGGGGAUUUUUUGGGGAGGGUCUCACCUGGAAAUACUUGAAUUUCUGAAUGCAAAAAGUUUUCAGUUCUUACUACGCUCAAGGCUGUAUCUUCUUGGUUUUUCCACUCAUGGGCCUAGAUCAGUGAAGCCUAUGCCAUUAAUUUACAACCACUGCAACUACUACUACUACUACUACCACUCCAAUGUCGUUAUAGCAACCAGACAAACCUCGCAGCUCUGACAGCAUCCUGUGCAAACAAAACACAAAAACACUGGACUUACCUCUCCUUUACCACAACAUCUGCCUUUCUUCUUCUACAAGCAAACGCCACUUCCUUUCUUUGUUUUCACGUGUCACACCUAAAUGCACACAUCAAUGCAAAAUCAACCAUACCCUGAAUGCACCAUCCUCUGCUCUCCUUGACAAAAAAGUUCAAAUAGUGCCUCACACAGGUCUUAAAAAAUUGUCAGUGUAUGAAUUGUAUAAUAAGGUAUUUAUUUUUGCUGUGACUCACGAUGAGCUUCUUUUUCUUAUUUAUUAUAUUUAUGAGAAGAAUUUCGGCUGUUCGUAUAUUUCAUUCCACAGUCACUGAAGGGCCCACCAUUAUUUAAAAAGACAAAAAGGCAAGGUUAUUUUUUGACCAUAUUUAUUAUGGCUUGAAUUUUUUUUGUUUUUUAUAAAAAGGAGCAGACGCGUUUGUGUGUAUGUUUGUGUAUGUCCUGUAAAUAACUGUAAAUAACUUCCCAAAGCACUUCCAUGUUAGUGUAUCUGAACACUGAACGUCUACUGAUCGUAACUGUUGGAUGCUGUGUGUGUAUAUGUGCGUGUAUGCGAGUGUGUGUGUGUGUGAGAGAGAGAUAAAUGUCAUUUGGAUGCAUGGUUGCAGCUUGGAUUGUUUUUUGUUCAGAUUAGAAUUGUAAGUAAGUUAGAAAUUAUUUUUUUAUAUGAGUCCAAUAAAUAUUUUUGUAACAAUGA